AAUAAAACGUGUGUCAAAGAGCGAGGGAUAAAAAGAAACGAACUCCUCCAAAUCAAUGGCAUCUCUGCUCCAAGCGCCAGUUGUUUCAUAACGUAUCUUCCCCACACUCUUCGCCGGAAACGGCCACUGAUGCAAUCCUACGGCCGGUGAACGCCGCCGGAGUUUACUAUCCACCUCGAUCGUUUCGGUAAACACCAAUGAUCACUACGAUGCAGGAGCAGGAGAAAAGUGGAUCAGGUACGAUGGGGCAAAGCCCUAGAUCGCCAUCUUCGCUGCCUUCGUUUCUGAAGGUAUCGGUUACGGAUCCUGCAAAAUUAGGGAGUGGAGUUCAGUCUUACGUCUCCUACAAAGUUAUCACUAAGACAAAUCUACCUGAAUAUGAUGGCAAUGAGAAAAUUGUUAUUCGGAGAUACAGUGAUUUUGUUUGGUUAAGAGACCGUCUUUAUGAGAAGUAUAUGGGCAUUUUUAUUCCUCCUCUUCCGGAGAAGAGCACUGUAGAGAAGUUUAGACUCAGUGCUGAAUUUAUCGAGACAAGGCGACAAGCAUUGGAUGUGUUCAUAAACCGAAUUGCCGCACAUCCUGAGCUACGGCAGAGUGAGGAUUUAAGAAUCUUUCUACAGGCUAGUGAGCAGACCAUGGAAAGCGCAAGGGCUGUGGACACUAAUAUCUUCACGAAGUCAUCGGACUUGAUGCAAAUUUUUAAGGAUGUACAGUCUAAAGUGAGUCAUGUUCUCGGAAAGGAAAAGCCGGUUGAAGAAUCAACUGCCGAGUAUCAGAACCUGAAGAACUACAUUUUUCAGCUCGAAGAUCGCCUAGCUGAAGCCCAGAAACAUGCCUACAACCUUGUAAAGAGACACAGAGAGUUGGGACAAUCUCUGUCUGAUUUUGGCAAGGCAGUCAAAGUACUAGGAAAUUGCGAAGGAGAUGCGCUCGGGAAGGCAUUUUCCGAACUUGGAGAGACAGCCGAGAUUAUUUCUUCUAGGCUUGAGAAAGAAGCCCACAGCCUCUUGAUGGAUUUCGAAGAACCUUUGAAGGAUUAUGUCCGAGCAAUUCAAUCUGUUAAGGACACAAUCACAGAAAGAGCAAAUGCUUUCAGGCGCCAAUGCGAGCUGGAGGAGGCGAUUAAGUUUAAGGAAAUAGACUUACAGAAACUGAGGUUAACCCGACCUGACAAAGUGGCGGAAGCAGAGCGCGAAUUUGAUGAGCUGAAGGCUGAUGCUGCUGAGGCGACGAAAAGAUUCGAGACAAUUGUGAGUCGAAUUAACGACGAGAUGGUUCGAUUUCAAGAACAGAAAACCGCGGACAUUGGCUUGGCCUUUCACGAAUUUGCCAAGGGUCAAGCCCGUCUGGCGAAUGACGUCGCCCGGGCUUGGAGCAGCCUUCUUCCUCGAGUCGAGGCUUGCUCGGCCUAGUCCAGGUGACCUGAUCCUCUUCUAUUUAUAUAUACGAUUUUGAUAUUAUUCAUAAACAAUAUUUUGUUAAAUAAUGACAUUUUGUGUAAUAUUAUAUUGUAAAUUGAAAUGAUAUUUUGUAAUGUUAGGUAUAUAGAUAUUCUGUU